ACCAAGAUGGCGGUGCAAGAGACAGCAUCUCAACUGUCCAUGGCUCUCAAAGUGCAAGAAUAUCCCACCCUGAAGGUGCCCUACGAGACUCUGAACAAACGUUUCAGGGCAGCUCAGAAGAACAUCGACAGGGAGACGAGUCACGUGACGAUGGUGGUUGCAGAGCUGGAGAAGACGCUUAGCAGCUUCCCGGUGGUCGACUCGGUGGUGUCACUGCUGGACGGAGUUGUGGAAAAACUCAGCGCCCUGAAGAGAAAGGCUGCUGAGUCCAUCCAAGCAGAAGACGAGAGUGCCAAGCUAUGUAAGCGUCGUAUCGAGCACUUGAAAGAGCACAGCAGCGACCAGCCAGCCUCGGUCAACCUGUGGAAGAAGAAACGCAUGGACCGCAUGAUGGUGGAGCAUCUGCUACGCUGUGGCUACUACAAUACAGCUGUUAAACUGGCCAGACAGAGCGGUAUAGAGGACCUGGUGAACAUUGAGAUGUUCCUCACAGCUAAAGAGGUAGAGGAGUCUCUGGAGAGGCAGGAGACGGCCACUUGCUUAGCCUGGUGCCAUGACAAUAAAUCCCGCCUCCGCAAGAUGAAGAGUUGUCUUGAAUUCAGUCUGAGAAUCCAGGAGUUCAUCGAGCUCAUCAGGCAAAACAAACGAAUGGAUGCAGUCAGACAUGCAAGGAAACACUUCAGCCAAGCAGAGGGCGGUCAGUUGGAUGAGGUUCGGCAGGUGAUGGGCAUGCUGGCUUUCCCAUCAGAUACACACAUCUCCCCAUACAAGGACCUUUUGGAUCCAGCCCGCUGGAAGAUGCUGAUCCAGCAGUUCCGAUACGACAACUACAGACUGCAUCAACUGGGGAACAACUCUGUCUUCACUAUCACUUUACAGGCUGGUCUGUCUGCCAUCAAGACACCUCAGUGCUACAAGGAGGAUGGUACCUCUAAGAACCCAGACUGCCCAGUGUGCAGUAAAUCCUUAAACAAGCUGGCCCAGCCACUACCCAUGGCCCACUGCGCCAACUCCAGACUAGUCUGUAAGAUCUCUGGGGAGGUCAUGAAUGAAAACAAUCCACCAAUGAUGCUGCCUAAUGGAUAUGUGUACGGCUACAAUUCCCUUCUGUCUAUUCGCCAAGAUGACAAAGUGGUAUGCCCCAGAACCAAAGAAGUCUUCAACUUCUCUCAGGCUGAGAAGGUCUACAUCAUGUGAUCACCCAGAUGAUCUGAGUGUAAACAUGAUCGAAUAUGGCCUGUCGUCCAUCAGCGGUGACCUGGCCUACUCAAGGGAGCCACCUGUGGAGCUGUGGUCCAGUGCCCUUCCUCCCCCAACAAACACACUUGACAUGCCCCAACCCCCAACCCUCUCCUUCCCGAUACAUAAUCAGCUCUAGUUCGCCAAUUCCCUUACUCCACCCAUUUUCAUCACUCAGAAACUGGGCUCUUCUCUUUUCAGACUCUGUUUUAGAUGUGGCUAGAAAACAAGAAGUUGUUUGAUCGGAUCCAUUCAAGCACAUGGACUAUCGGCAUUGUCAUUAUCUUACAGGCCUUCACUUUGAAGAUUAUAGACUAGAAACAAAAAAGGACUGAUGAGGUGAAAAACUUCUAGGUAGAUGUUUGAUUUUACUACAACAAAUAAAAAAACUUGUUGAGGUUACUUUGACUUUUUCCUUUCACAAGUGGUGUUCCUUUGUUACUAAAACAACGUGGCAGGACUGUGUUAACUUGGUAUCGCUCUAUUAACCACAAUAACACGUGAGGUUUGGGCCUUUUUGAAAACAAACAUGGCUUCCGGGUCAUGUGGUAGCAUCUCAUUGUGUGAUGCAUGCUGUUGACAUCCUUUGUCUUCUAGCUGUGUUUUUUGGUGGGUUGUUGGGGGGGGUUGGGCAUGGGGGGUAAAUGUUAAAGGCCUCCCUUAAACUGCCUACCAUUUUGCAUUUCUUCCCCCCUUGACUGUGAAGCUGGAGCUUGAUUUGGACUGCAAUUGGCUCCUUUUGAAAUGUAAAUAGUAGAUAGGAAUUAUUCAUCAUGUAUACAUUCGGGUGUUUUGGGGACAAGUAAUGACAAUGAAGAUUAACCUUAGAAGAAGACUGCUGUGUGAACUGAACACGUCUUUUGUUGGGUGUUGUAAACCUGGAAAAAGCCCGCAGUAACCUGGUUGUUCAGUAUGACUUCUCAUUUCUGAAGAAGCUUUUAGUUUUCCUCAUGAACUUGGUAAUAUUAAUUACAAUGUACUAACUACCAUAGCGAGAUUUACGCAAUACUCAAAUAUGACAACCAUCUCUGAUGAUGCUUUUUCUUAAUGAACAAACUGUCUUCCUUGGUUGUGUGUGAAGUUGGCUUUUUCAGUUCCAUUCAAUCAAUUUCACUCCUUUUUUUCCAGCUAAUAGAAUUAGCUCAUUUCAGUCAACUUUGGAUAUUUAUUCUGUUUGUAAAGGAAACUCUGGGUGAUUUUAGUUAAUUCAACAUUGCCCGAAUAUUUUUAAUUUCAUAGCUAUUUUUCCAACGAUGAACGGUACAAUAAAGAGAAGGAUUGUGCAGAUCU